AUGAUGGCAGCAAAUAAUUAUUUUGGGUUUACCCAUGGAGGGACCCAAUAUGGUGCGGCCACAGCUAGCGCGGCUUACGGCGGCCAAACGGGGUACGCCGUGGCGCCUGCUGCGACCGCCGCGACGUACGGAACACAGCGUGCCGCAGCUACGGGGUACGAUACUGCGUACCAGGCAGCGGCCACGCAGGCGGCCCAUGCCCAUGCCCACGCCCACGCUGCUGCUGCGGCAGCGUCAGCGUAUGAUGCAAGCAAGUCAGCGUACUACCAGCAGGCAGCGGCCGCCUACCCCGCCGCCGCUCCUCCACAACCACAACCUACAUAUGAUGCGGCCGCCAAGCCAGCUUACUCUACACCAGCCACAUAUGCACAGCCGCUGGUGAGUCAAUACGGUCAGGGCGGUGCUCGCGGCGGAGGGACCAAGGCGGCGUACGGCAGCGUGUACACCGCUACCACCGCCGCCUCAUACCCCAGCCAGCCGUACACACAGCCAGCCGCACAACCUGCCAAGCAGACGGCUAACAGGGGCACCUCUGCUUAUGAUACAGCUCUCUACAACGCGGCGACCAUGUAUGUGGCCCAGCAGAACAAAACCGGCGGCGGAGGCGGCUGGAAGAACUACAAGGCUGGCGGAGCUGGCGCGGGCCAGGCGCGGCGUCCCAAGCCUCCCCCUAAGGCCCAGCAGCUGCACUACUGCGAUGUGUGCCGCAUCUCGUGCGCCGGGCCGCAGACCUACAAGGAGCACCUCGAGGGCCAGAAGCACAAGAAGAAGGAGGCGGCCGUGAAGCUGGCGGCGGCGGGGGGCGGAGGCGGCGCGCGGGCCUGCGGGGCCUCGGCGCUCAGGUGCGAGCUGUGCGACGUGACGUGCACGGGCGCGGACGCGUACGCGGCUCACGUGCGGGGCAUCAAGCACCAGAAGGUGGUGAAGCUGCACACCAUGCUCGGCAAGCCCAUCCCCUCCACCGAGCCCACCAAGCUGCAGCCCGCCAAAAAGACGGUGGCGGGCGCGCCCAAGAUCGCGUUCGUGGCGUCCGGGGGACUCAGCACCGUGGGGGCCGCUGACGCUCGCUCGCCCGCAGACAAGGACGACGACAAGGACGACGAGCCCGAGGCCGAGCCCGAGGUGCAGCCCGUGGGGCAGGACUACAUCGAGGAGAUACGCGGCGACGACGGCAAGGCGCUCAGCUUCAACUGCAAGCUCUGCGACUGCAAGUUCAACGACCCCAACGCCAAGGAGAUGCACAUGAAGGGCCGCCGGCACCGGCUGCAGUACAAGAAGAAGGUACAACCCGACCUGGAGGUGAAAGUGAAGCCGUCGAUGCAUCAGCGGAAGCUGGCCGAGGCGAAGGCGCAGCGCAUGUUGGUACGGGACGAGAUAUGGGCCAGGAGGCGCAUGCACGAUGGAGCGGACGAGGACGAGCGGCUGUACUGGGAGGGAGCGGACUGGUGGAGGACGCCGCACCAUCACCACCAUCAUGGCAUGUCGAUGGGCUACGGGCCGGUGGGGCGGCGGCCGGAGACGUCGGACGACCGGCACGUGCUGGCCAAGCACGCGGACAUCUACCCCUCGGAGGCGCAGCUGCAGGACAUACAGCGGGCCGUCUCUCACACGGAGAAGGCGCUCAAGUCGCUCUCGGACGCGCUCGCUGAACAGGGUCAGCCAUCGAAAAUACAAAUCAAGCAGGAAGAUAAGAAGGAGGAGAAGGUGGAGGGGAAGGAAGACGGGCGAGACAACCAACUGUUUUCGUUCGCGGCGGAGGGCGAGGCUGCUCCGUGCGCCACGUCGGGCGCCACGCGCGCUCUGAAGGGCGUGAUGCGCGUGGGGCUGCUGGCCAAGGGGCUGCUGCUGCGGGGCGACAAGGACGUGCGGCUCGUGGUGCUCUGCCACGACCGACCCACCGUCACGCUGCUCAAGAGGGUCGCCGCUGACCUGCCCGCGCACCUCAUCAAGGUCAAGGGUCCGUCGGAGGAGCCUCGCUACAAGGUGGAGCUGCAGGCGGCCGAGGGGGCCGUGCAGGUGUCGGACGGGAACGUGGCCGUGCGCGUGUCGCUCACCUCCGCCGUCAUGAGGGAACCGGCCGAGGGUGGCGACAUAAAGCGAGACGACAAGGAUGUGCUACCGCGGCAGAAGUGUUUGGACGCGUUGGCCGCCCUUCGGCACGCCAAGUGGUUCCAGGCUAGGGCGGCCAGUCUGCAGUCGUGCGUCAUCAUCAUCCGCAUCAUGCGGGACCUCUGCCGACGAGUACCCAACUGGACGCCGCUCAACCCAUACGCCAUGGAGCUGCUCGUGUCGGGCGUGAUGCAGUCAGCGGGCGGCGCGCUGUCCCCGGGCGAGGCGCUCCGCCGCGUGUUAGAGGCGGUGGCCGGCGGGCUGCUGCUGGAACACGGGCCCGGACUGAGGGACCCCUGCGAGAAGGAACUCGUCGACGCGCUGGGUAACCUGCCGCCACAGAAGAGAGAAGACCUCACAGCAUCAGCGCAACAGUUCCUGAGAAUGAUCGCCUUCAGGCAGAUACACAAAGUGUUGGAGAUAGAGCCUCUCCCCAAGUUGAAGCACCCGGCCGGCUGGAAGUUCCCCCGCAAGCGACGCCGCUCAGCCGCCGACAACGAACCAGACGCGCCUAACGGUGAAGGCAAAGUAGUGAAGACGGAGGAGAAGACGGACGCCACGGAGACGAGCGCCGCGCCCAAGAAAUAA